UCACGAUCCCGGAUCUGCAGUAUUACCCAAUAUUCUUCGAUUGUCAUUGGUACCUGUGUUGAAUUAGUCUGCAAUCUAUUAUAUUCCCUCCCCCCCCCCGUUGCGCCAUGGGUUGGUUCUGGGGAAGUUCGAACAACGACGACCCGGUCAAAAAGCUUGACCCGGGUCUCCGAGAGUACCUCGAGCACGAAGCUCCCAAGAAAUAUGUCCCAGCUCCCUCGUCGACGGAGUCUGCAAAGCCGGUUGAUGCGCAAUCGCAGUCUCAAUCCUCCGCGACCUCUGAUCCCUCGCAACCCUCCGUGCCCUCCAAGUCUCUUUACCCCGACGGCCGUUACGCCCAUCUCUGGAAGAACUACAAGCCACCACCGGAGGAGACCAACGAAGUGACGGGCGCAGAACGCGUGAUUGAGAACUACAAGAAGCGCAAUGACACCGUACACCGGGCGGCGAUGGAGAACUGCGCAUUGGAGCAUGAGGCCUUGACCUACUGUUUCCAGACUGGCAACUGGCAGAAACAGCUGGAAUCCCGGCUGACUCUAUGCUCCGACGAGAAUGCCAAGUUCUCCCGUUGUUUUACGACGCAAUCUAAAUUCCUCCAGGCUCUCGGAUACGCCUCGUCCUUCCACCAAGACGAGGAAAGGGAAGAGCGGAUACAGAUGCACGCCGACACGCUCUACCAUCAGAUGCUGAGCUACGAAGAACAAGCCAAGGAGGCCCGGAAGGCUGGUCAGGAACCCCCUCCGCUCACGUCGCUGUUCAACCCGCAGGCGCCGCCGCCAUCGCAGGAAUCAACGAGUCAGCCUGGUGCCGUGGAAAUCCCUGGGGGCGAAUCGAUUCCCGCGGGCUUCAAGCCGCCCAAGAAUUGGGAGACCCUUAGUCCGCACGAGCGGGAAUUGGAGAUCCGGACGCACAACGCGAACUUCGAACAGCAGAAGUUGUAUGCGCAGGAGGCUUCUCCGUUCCUCAAGACCCACGAGGAUAACCGAGCCAAGCGACGCGAGAAGGCCACCAGCUGGUUUGGGGAGAGAGUAGGGAACUGGAUCUCUUAGGAGGUCUCUGGCGUGAUUGAUAUCCUUGACCUUGAUUUUUUA